AUGGAUACUGCCGUAGGACUUCCAGAGACGCGCUCCUCGGCUGCAGAGGAUGCUGCUGGCCCGCUGAUGAGCGACCCUUUAAGAACCGGAGCCCUGGCUGUGAACGUGAAGAUCGAGCACCAGAGCCCUGCCCCGGCCCGGUGCGCGGGCUGCCAUCGGAGCAUCUCGGAGCGCUUCCUCAUGCGCGUGGACGGCGCGUCGUGGCACGAGCAGUGCCUACAGUGCGCCGUGUGCCGCCGGCCGCUCAACAACACGUGCUACUUCAAAGACACGAAGCUCUACUGCAAGGUGGACUACCAACAGGUUUUCUCCACCAAGUGUCGAGGCUGUCGGGAGAAGAUCGCGCCCACAGAGUUUGUGAUGCGCGCCCUGGACGGGGUCUACCACCUGGGCUGCUUCCGCUGCGGCGUCUGCCAGCGGCGGCUGUGCAAAGGGGACCAGUUUGUGGUGAGGCAGGGCCGGCUGCUCUGCAAACACGACUACGAGAAGGAGAGGAGACUGGACACCAUCAGCCCCGACUACUCUGACCUAGAGAAGAGUGAUGGCGAUGGUGAUGAUGACGAUGAGGACGGGAAGCCAGAGAGGCCCCCCCCCGCCGCCACUGGGGGCCACAGAAGGGCCAGCGGUGGAGGGAGAGACCCCCGCAGGCCCAAGCGUCCCCGGACCAUCCUGAGCACCCCUCAGAGGAGAACCUUCAAGGCCUCCUUCGAGGUGUCUCCCAAGCCCUGCAGAAAGGUCAGGGAGAGCCUGGCCAUGGAGACGGGCCUCAGUGUGCGAGUGGUGCAGGUGUGGUUCCAGAACCAGAGAGCCAAGAUGAAGAAGCUGGCCCGCAGACAACAGCAACAGCUGGAUCAUCAGAAGAGCAACAGGCUGGGCCAAGGGGGGAUCUCAGGUUGCAUGGAGAGUCUGCACAGAUGUUACUCAGGCCAACUGCCCGCCACUCGAGAGCAGCGGCCAAACACCUCUGUGGACCUCAACGCAGGCUACAGCCAUGACGUACCCUUCCAACAGAGCCUGACCCCGCCCCAGAUGCCGGGAGAUCACAUGUAUCCCUACGGACCCGGAUCUAUUUUCAACGACGUGGACAGCGACUCCUCCCUGACCAGCCUGAGUGACUGCCUGGUGACGACCUCUGGCCUGGGCCUCUUCCCCACUCCGCUGGGGAACCCCAUUGACUGUCUGUACACCAUGCAGAGCUCCUACUUUGCCUCCUGAGGACAGCCCACCAGUGACCCAGGGGCUCUAGUUUCUGUUUGCAAGGACCUCGCCCUCGCCGCUUCUCGUUACUGGAAAAUACAUAACGCCAUUUUUUUGGUGGACAUGCUAAUUUGGACAGGCGAAUUUUGCCAUUAUCGAAAGGAAAGUAGUUUAAGAGAGGGAAUGACAUUAAGAAAAGGACUACAUGGGUGACUACAUGACUACAUGUUUUUUUUGCUCGGGAAUAUGCGUCUGGGCCCCCUCCCAUUCAGACAGAUUUCCAGCUGACCUUUUUCCGUGUCGGGCCAAUCACAACUGUCGUGCAC